AUGUCGAGUGAGCUAGGCGGCAAGAGGACAAGUUGGGAGGAGAAGAUGAAAUGGUGGAAGGUUUACGCGCUGCACUUUCUGUUCAUGUGGAAUUCGAGAACGUUUGAAUAUGUUUCGAUAUUUCUUGUCGCCAGGGCUUUUCCACAGAGCCUUACUGCUACGUCGAUAAAGGGCAUUACAUCUACUGUGUCAGGGUUGUUGUUUUCAUCUGCUGUGGGGAACUGGAUCGAUCGCUCUCCAUCUCGGCUACGUACUCUGCUCACCACUAUCUGCUUCAAUCAUGCUGCUGUGGUCGUCUCGUACAUUUGCUGGCUAUCGAUGCCUGUGCCAGGAGAGGGAACCACACAUUCUGAAAGUUCAUUUUCAAAUUUCCAGAAGGGCGUUGUGUUUGGAAUCAUCCUCUUGCUAGAUGUUAUCCACGAUCUUGGGGCAAUCGGCAACAGAUUGUCCCUUGAAAGAGACUGGGUUCCUAUCUUGGUUGGCCAUAUCACGCCAGACAUCAACUACGGCCUCACAGAAGUCAACGCGGUGAUGACCAGGAUUGACCUGGUUUGUAAGCUUGUUGCGCCCUCUUUGUUACCCGUGAUCAUAUCAGCUUGGAACUCUCGAACAAGAUGGAUCUUAGUCUUGGCUGUAUUGACCGCGGUUUUCUGGGUGCUGGAAGUUUGGUGUGCACGCAUCAUCGCCAAAGAAAACUUAGAACUAGACGUCCCAAAGAUGCCCUCACAUGAUUCAGCAACAGAAGAGGAUCUUGCAAUGGAGGAUCGAUACAACCAUCUCAGGCCUGGAUUGCAAUCUCUGCCGCAGAAGAUGUACUUUAUAUUGUACCAAGAUCCUGCUGUACGAUUGAGGCACUACUUUUCGAUUCCAAUGUGGCCAGCUUCUAUCGCUUCCGCAUUGCUGCAGCUCACUGUUCUUGCGUAUUCUGCCACACUCAUCACAUAUCUGCUGGAAAUCGGCUUCUCGCUGUAUUCCAUCACCAUUGCAAGAGCUUCUGGCGCCAUCAUGGCUUUGUCCAGUACAGUCAUAACGCCAGCUCUUGUUGGUCACAUGCGAAAGAGACUGAGUCGGAACAGGUUCAGUGGUGGGCAAAGAGAAGAUAAAGAUAAUGAUGAGAUUGAGGGUAAAGCUGUACGAACCGUCGGCUUGUGGGGUAUUUCUUGCCAAUUCACAUGUCUCAUCCCAAUCGUUCUAUUGCUCUGGAAUCUUUCGCCAAAAUCUUCGGAACAAACAACAACUUCACCAACAAUUCGGGAAGCCACCACCUACGACACAAGCAAAACCGCCUCCUUACCACCAAUCAUCCCCAUCACACUCUUUGCCUUCCUAUCUCUCUCGCGAGUAGGUCACUUCAUGGUCCACCUCAUGGUCCAAGAACUAGGGCAAGUCGAGAUCCCGGCCUCGCAACGAUCCACCUUUGCCGGCACAGAACAAUCGUUCAAUUCUCUGUUUGCAUUGUGUCAUUGGGCUGCGACUGUGGGAUGGAACCGUCCUGAUCAAUUUAGAUACUUAGCGUUGGGAAGUGUUCUGGUUUGUGGAUUGGGAGUGGGUGUCUUUGCUUGGUGGGAAAGGAAACCGAUCCGGAGAGAGGUGGCGAGGUAUGAGAGUAUUGCUAUGGGUAAUGUGACCCCUGAAGACGAUGAGGAGGAUUGA